GUUAGUUAGUGCACCUGUCUGUUCCUCCUGCUGGUUUACUCAUAACUGUGUUCAGCUAGCUACAAACCAACAGUCUAACAAUAGAGUUUACAUUUAACAUUUCUGUCAGUAAGCCAGGCUGCUAGCUGAGAUGUGAGCACCGUAUACUGUAAUGUUACUUAACUGCCUUAUCUUGUAAUUACACUCGCGAAAAUGUUCCAGCUAUGGAUGUUGCGCUAGCAGCUAACGUUAACGUUAAAGUGAGAAGUGACCACUACUGGGAUCCACCCCAACAGACAGGAAGUUAGGCUAAUGUUAGCCGCAGCUGCUGGAAAGGAAACCUGACAACGGUCACCAGGGAAGGCUUCAGUCGGAUCCAGUCAGAUGCCUCCAACCUGAGAGCCAAGAGCAUAACUGCAGCACCCCGCAGACAACUGCCCGACUAACCUCAUUACAUUCCAGGGAGAAAUGAAAAGACCGACGAAGUCAAAUGCCUCCGAGCCAAAGGGAAAAGUGAAGAAAAGAGCCGGAGAGAGCUCUGCGACGACCCUCUCCAGAAAACUACGAGACAAGAAAGAUGGAGAGAAAUCUAAACAAGGGCCUCCUCUCAAACCUGCAGCAGUCCAGAAGAGGACUGGCUAUGGGAGCAUCUUGCAUUAUAUUUACAAGAGCACACUGGGACAAAGUCUGCACUCACGGAUGAGACAGUGUCUCCAGGAACCUUUUGUGCGCUCACUCUCGUCCUAUCAUUUCCACGGUGCCACCAGCCCCUUCGACCGCAGGAUCACCUGCCUGGAGUGGCACCCGACUCAUCCCACCACUCUGGCUGUGGGCUCCAAAGGCGGCGACUUGUACCUGUGGGACUAUGAGACGCCCACGAAGCAAACUUUCAUCCAAGGGAACGGAGCAGGAGACUUUAUCGGAGGGAUGAGGUUCUGCCCGACAGACCUUUCCAAAGUCUAUGUGGCUUCUGGAGAGGGCACACUGACCGUGCAGAGCUUUGAGGGCCACACACCCACCGUUCUGUCCAGAACUCAAGACUGUGGCCACGAUCACCACAAUGUCUGUUACUGGUACUGCUGUGUAGAUGUGUCUGUAAGCCGACAGAUGCUCGUGACAGGAGACAAUGUGGGAGAGCUCACACUCCUGGGGUUGGAUGGCCAAAAGAUUUUCAAAGACAAGUUGCACAAAGCCAAAGUGACCCACGCAGAGUUCAACUUGCGCUGUGAUUGGUUGCUGGCGACGGCCUCGGUUGACCACACAGUGAAACUUUGGGACCUGAGAAACAUCAAAGACAAGGAGAGCUUCCUUCAUGAGCUGCCACAUGACAAAGCUGUCAACUCAGCCUAUUUCAAUCCACUGGACUGCUCCAAGCUGCUCACCACAGAUCAGUACGACCAGAUCCGCGUUUACUCGUCUUCCGAUUGGUCGAAGCCUCAACAUAUCAUCCAGCAUCCACACAGACAGUUUCAGCAUCUCACACCCAUCAAGGCCACAUGGCACCCUGUCUAUGACCUUGUCGUGGCGGGCCGCUACCCUGAUGACCGCGUUUGUCCCGGAGAUCAGAGGACCGUCGACAUCUAUGACGCCAACACAGCGGAGCUUGUGUAUCAGCUGCAAGAUCCCGCCGCUGCAGGGAUCAAAUCUGUCAAUAAAUUCAAUCCAAUGGGUGAAGUGAUUGGAACUGGAAUGGGUGUGACAGUCCUAGUGUGGGACAGAAAUGAGUCAUUGCUGAGCGAUCAUCCCCAACAGGAGGAAACCUCCACCUCAGCAGACAGUCUCAGAGGCCAGAGGAGGAGUCAGCAGCGCUCCAGCCGGGACCGGAGAGGACCUGCUGUGGAUGCAAAGCUCAAGAAGAAACUCGCUUCUCUGGAAGAAUCAGGGACCAAAACCAAGACCAAGACUGGGUGUACAAAACAAAAACAGGCUCAGACGAGGAAGAAGUGAACUGUGUUUAUGUUCCUUUGUUUACUGUUCGUCGUGUCUCUAAAUUCAGGGAUUGUUUUGAAUGUUUAAAAAAAUGUAUCAGAUAUACUUUUAUAAACCAGUUCAAAACUGGAGCUCUUGUACAUUUAUACAAAUGUUUUUUUUUUCUACUGUACUUUAAUAAAAAAAAAAAAAAGUUU